AUGAUGAAACGUGAUGAUGAUCCGUUUUGGACAGCUAGAGAAGCAGUUUACUCUACCCAACUGUCUGCCUGGGAGCACCUGCAGUUGUUCUUCUUCCUCAACCAUUCAUUUGAUCGGAAUAAAGCAGGCCAGUUUCUUCUAGAUAAGCUUGCAAAUCUGGGUCCAGAUGACUCGAGGGAGGAAUAUUUGCGCUCUAUCAUAGAUGAUAUGCGCUCCGAUUUCAUACCUUGCUUUACAGAACUUCCUAACCUAACUCCUUCAAAAGUCUCCCGAAGCACCCCCAUAUCUUCUAAUGCGAUAUCUGCCGUAAAAGAACGCCAAAAUGGCAUUUGCCACAUCUCGGGCGAGUCUCAGGGCCUCCGACCUAUCCAUAUAGUGUCACCUUCAGUCAUACACGAUGAUGACCUCAUACGCGGCACUCGGUUACGGGAAAUCUUAGACAUAUGUGUAUCCCCGGAAGUCUCUGAUAAACUCUUCUCCUUCCUGACAUCCAGCGAGAGUGUUAGCGACAACUUGAAAAACUUAUGGCUGAUGAGCCCAGCUGUUGCCGCUGCAUUCCAAGAGGGACGUAUCUCAAUACAUAAGAAUGAUUCUGAUCCCAAAAGCCUGUAUUGGCUGCUACGGAAAACCAGGCCUGGAAAUUUCGACGUACUCGGUGUAGCGAGGAACUGCAAAUUCUCCUCGAUGCCAUCAACUCCGGAUGAUACCAAACUUCCUCUGCCAGAGGGCAUUCUGCUCGAGGUCCAUCACCAUGUUUCUGAGUUUCUAUACUACCUGGAUGUUGAAAAGCAAAUCCAAGCCGGGUGGGAAAUUGAGGGCGAGUGUGAGCUUUGA